AGGAAAUGGGAAAUUGAGAACCAAAUCAUUAAAGGACACAGUGCUGUAACGAUCAGACCUGCUUCUGUAUUGGGCGUUUAUGAAAUCCCUGUCAAGUGCUUUGAUCCUGGUAAUUGGUGCUUGUGUAUUUCAGCCAAUAGCAACCCAUGUGAGCACGCAGGAAAAUGUGUGAAUACAGAUGGCGCCUUCCACUGUGAGUGUGUGAAGGGCUAUGCAGGGCCUCGAUGCGAGAUGGACAUCAAUGAAUGCCAUUCAGACCCCUGCCAGAAUGACGCCACCUGUUUGGAUAAGAUUGGAGGAUUCACUUGUCUGUGCAUGCCAGGUUUCAAAGGUGUGCAUUGUGAAUUGGAGAUAAAUGAAUGUCAGAGCAACCCCUGUGUGAACAAUGGGCAGUGUGUGGAUAAAGUCAAUCGCUUCCAGUGUCUGUGUCCGCCUGGUUUCACCGGGCCAGUUUGCCAGCUUGAUAUUGACGACUGUUCCAGUACUCCAUGUCUGAAUGGGGCAAAGUGUAUCGAUCAUCCCAAUGGGUAUGAAUGCCAGUGUGCCACAGGUUUCACUGGUGUGUUGUGUGAGGAGAACAUCAACAACUGUGACCCUGAUCCUUGUCACCAUGGCCAGUGCCAGGAUGGAAUUGACUCUUAUACCUGCCUCUGCAGUCCCGGGUACAUGGGUGCCAUCUGCAAUGACCAGAUUGAUGAGUGCUACAGCAACCCCUGCUUGAAUGACGGUCGCUGCAUCGACCUGGUCAAUGGUUACCAGUGCAACUGCCAGCCGGGCACGUCAGGGGUUAAUUGUGAGAUUAAUUUUGAUGACUGUGCCAGUAACCCUUGUAUUCAUGGAGUAUGUGUGGAUGGCAUUAAUCGCUACAGCUGUGUCUGUUCAUCAGGAUUCACAGGACAGAGAUGCAACAUUGACAUUGAUGAGUGUGCCUCUAACCCCUGUCGCAAGGGUGCAACAUGUAUCAACGAUGUGAAUGGUUUUCGCUGCAUAUGCCCUGAAGGGCCCCAUCACCCCAGCUGCUACUCAGAGGUGAACGAGUGCCUGAGCAGUCCCUGCAUCCACGGAAACUGUACUGGGGGCCUUAGCGGAUAUAAGUGCCUCUGUGAUGCAGGUUGGAUUGGUGUCAACUGUGAAGUGGACAAAAAUGAAUGUCUUUCAAACCCAUGCCAGAAUGGAGGAACUUGUGACAAUCUGGUGAAUGGAUACAGAUGUACUUGCAAGAAGGGCUUCAAAGGCUAUAACUGUCAGGUGAAUAUUGAUGAAUGUGCUUCAAAUCCAUGCCUGAACCAAGGAACCUGCUUUGAUGACAUAAGUGGCUACACUUGCCACUGUGUUCUCCCAUACACAGGCAAGAAUUGUCAGACUGUGCUGGCUCCCUGUUCCCCAAACCCUUGUGAGAAUGCUGCUGUUUGCAAAGAGGCACCAAAUUUUGAGAGUUACACCUGCCUGUGUGCUCCUGGUUGGCAAGGUCAGCGGUGCACGGUUGACAUUGAUGAGUGUGUCUCCAAGCCCUGCAUGAACCAUGGUGUCUGCCAUAACACCCAGGGCAGCUACAUGUGCGAGUGCCCUCCAGGCUUCAGUGGUAUGGACUGUGAGGAGGACAUCGAUGACUGCCUUGCCAGUGAGUAUGCUAGCUAGCUCCUGAGCCUCCUCGGGGCGGAGAAAGCACACAGGGA